UAUAAGAAUAAGUCCAUCUACACUACACAAUAAUUUAUCGCUUUAAAAGGGUAUUUAUAUGAAAUACAUGUCUGACAGCCUCAUCAAGUGACAAAAUGACGUCUUACUAUGGAACUGUUUUGCGAGUGUGAAACCAACUAUUUACGCAACCAAAUGAAGAGAAGUAAUGAAAUGGCACUAUAUUCAGAGGAGCAAAGUAACUAAUUAAAUUUCGAUGUCCUGAACACGUGAAAAUAAUUUCACAGUAAAUAUAGAAACCGCAAAGGAAGAUCACCCGACUCUCCCUGAUCGGUACAAUGUGAUCGAAACUGACCAAGAGAAGAUCGAAUUACAAUACCGGUGGUGGACAAGCACAAAUAGCCCUUUAUCAGUUUGUGUAGCUAUGCGCUUAACUAGAAACAAACAAAAAUAAUGCUUUUCAAAAACAACUGGUGUAGAAAAUAACAAUGAGGCUGGUGAUUCUUGACUCUAAUGAUGAUGUUAGCACUUGGACUGCCAAGUAUAUUCGGAAGCGAAUUCAUCAGUUCAAUCCAGGACCAGAUCGUUACUUCACUCUUGGCUUGCCAACAGGAAGUACUCCUUUAGGAACCUAUAAUAAGUUGAUCGAAUUCUACAGAGAUGGAACUCUGUCAUUUCACUAUGUGAAGACAUUCAAUAUGGAUGAAUAUGUGGGAUUACCAAGGGACCAUCCUCAAAGCUACCACUCUUUCAUGUGGAACAGCCUCUUCAAGCAUGUAGAUAUUCAACAGGAAAACACUCACAUUCUGAAUGGAAAUGCCCCUAACUUGCAGAAGGAAUGUGAAGAAUUUGAGAAAAAAAUAUCAGAGGCAGGAGGAAUAGAACUUUUUGUUGGAGGAAUUGGUCCUGAUGGCCAUAUAGCUUUUAAUGAGCCAGGAUCAAGUUUAGCAUCUCGCACGAGAGUCAAAACACUUGCUAUGGAUACCAUUCUAGCAAAUGCACGUUUUUUUGACAAUGACCUCUCGAAAGUACCUCGGCAAGCUCUGACUGUAGGUGUGGGAACGGUCAUGGAUGCUCGAGAGGUGUUGGUCAUAAUCAGUGGGGCACACAAGUCCUUUGCCCUUUACAAGGCUGUUGAAGAGGGGGUGAGUCAUAUGUGGACAAUUUCUGCAUUUCAACUUCAUCGUCAGGCAAUUUUUGUAUGUGAUGAGGAUGCCACUCUUGAACUACGCGUGAAGACAGUCAAGUAUUUUAAAGGUCUGAUGAAGAUUCACAACAAACUCAUCCAGGAGGAUAACGAGCCAGAAGAAGGGAAGUAGUAAAUACUCUCUUGCAAAAUUAUACAGUAAUGGAAAUAAUUAUGAAAACACACAAGCAGUAGAUGUACAGGAGUAAGUAUAAGUAGAUGAUGAUGAUGUUAUACAGUUUAUCACUGUAUAAUUGUGAAAUAUUGUCCUGUAUUACUCUCCACAAUUCAGCCAAGUUGCUUCUUAAGUUUUUAUAUAAGCCCAUACAUCCUCAAGAAUAUUCAUAUUGAGAAUUUGUGAAGGCCAAGUCAUGGUUAUAAGUGAUCAACCAGCUAUUUUAUCAUUGAGAUGUUCUUUCACCACAUCUAUGGCAAGCUUGGGAUCUUUGCUCUUGUCCUCCGAAGAUGAAUCAUGUUCCAGAAGAAAUGUUAUACUGGAUCAGAGGGUACUUGUAUUUUCCAGCAGUCAGGGUGACAUCAGUUUUGAGUAGAUCACCAACCCCAGACUUCUACUAAUCAUCCACUGCACUUCACUAUACCUAGAUUAUGAUAUCAUUCUAUUGUAUGUCAUUGAUUGUUACUGAAUAAUUCAAACUUGUAUUCAUCUAUAACAGCAUAUAUCUGCAACAUUGUUCAUUACACUGUCUGUGGUCCAAUUUCUAUUUUAAUCUUUUAGUUUUUGAGCAAUUACAUGUGUGUUGAAAACACAGUAUAUAUUUUACUGUUUUUGAGGCAGCAUUAAGACCUUUAUUUAAUUCAAGGUCAUGGGGAAAAUCUGUACUGGACUGUCAACUUUUUCAUAACAUACCCUAAGAUAUUUAACAUCACUUCUGUAAAGCUUUGGUGUUUGAACUUGACCUUAACAGUGCUAGUUUCAUAUACACUCAUCAGAAUUCUACAUGCAGCUUUUACUGCAACAUGGGAGUCUUGCCACACAAUUUUGCAGUGGAAUAUACUUUAUCACCAAAACUUUGAUUUCUACACACUUGUCAUGGUAUUUCAGCACUGGGAGCCAUGACUGAAUUACUGUACUAAUACUGGGCAUAGUACAUCUGCCUGUAAAAAAAUAGGCUUUAUAAUGUUGUGACACUUAUUGAUGACAACCAAUCAUUGUGUAAACUAUCAACACUUGACUGUAUUCUAGUGCAACACUUGAUUGGUUUCAAAACAACCAACCACAGUGUAAAUUAUAAAUACUUGACUGUAUUUUAGUGCAACACUUUUGAUUGGUUUGAUGACAACCAAACAUAGUGUAAUCUAUCAACACUUGACUGUAUUCUGGUGCAAAACAUGAUUGGUUUGAUGACAACCAAUGACAGUGUAAACUAUCAACACUUGACUGUAUUCUGGUGCAAUACAUUUGAUUGGUUUGAUGACAACCAACCACAGUGUAAACUAUCAACACUUGACUGUAUUCUGGUGCAACACUUGAUUGGUUUGAUGACAACCAAUGACAGUGUAAACUAUCAACACAUUUGAUUGGUUUUGAUGAUAACCAACAAUAGUGUAAACUAUCAACACUUGACUGUAUUCUGGUGCAGCGCAUUAGAUUGGUUUCAUGACAACCAAUGACAGUGUAACCUGUCAACACUUGACUGUAUUCUGGUGCAAAACAUUUGAUUGGUUUGAUGACAACUAACCAUAGUGUAACCUAUCAACACUUGACUAUAUUCUGGUGCAACACUUGACUGUAUUUUGGUGCAACACUUUCGAUUGGUUUGAUGACAACCAACCAUAGUGUAAAUUAUAAAUACUUGACUGUGUUUUAGUGCAACACUUUUGAUUGGUUUGAUGACAACCAACCAUAGUGUAACCUAUUAACACUUGACUGUAUUCUGGUGCAACACAUUUGAUUGGUUUGAUGACAACUAACCAUAGUGUAAACAGUCAACACUUGACUAUAUUCUGGUGCAACACUUGACUGUAUUUUGGUGCAACACUUUCGAUUGGUUUCAAAACAACCAACCACAGUGUAAAUUAUAAAUACUUGACUGUAUUUUAGUGCAACAUCUUUGAUUGGUUUGAUGACAACCAACCAUAGUGUAACCUAUAACACUUGACUGUAUUCUGGUGCAACACUUGAUUGGUUUGAUGACAACCAAUGACAGUGUAAACUAUCAUAACUUGACUGUAUUCUGGUGCAGUUCAUUUUCAUAUAUUAUAGGGGUGGCACUCCUAUAGUAUGUACCUUUUUAAUUCACCAUUUCCAUAAUUAUUUCCAAUACUAUAUUAAUUUUUAUUAUACAUUAAUGUUCUUUA